AUGACAAGACUUUCGUUUGGGGCAUCAGAUGGCGCUGUCGAGGAAGCCAUUCACUCGAACAUCCCAACUGAGAAUCUUUCGCCCCACGCUACCUCCGAAGACGAAAACUGCGACCAAAUCAACGGUUCCUACAAACAAGCCAAUGACGAUGGCUUCCACUUUCUCCAUGAAGCCUCCAUGCUCCUGAACAUUGCGCUGCCCUCUGUGGUAACUCAACUGAGCGUUCUUUUCGUCUUUCCACAGACUGCUUCCGCCGUGGGCCUGGAAUUUGGCACGGAAGAACUCGCCGGGUUUUCGCUCGGCAGCUUGGUUGGCAAUCUGACAUGUCUCUCCGUCAUGGUGGGGGCUUUGACUGCUGCUGACACGCUGAUGCCUCGCGCGUUUGCCAAUGGCAGAGAUGCCGAAAUGGGUCGUCUGGCAAUACGAGGCUUUGUCAUGUGCUGUCUCCUAUUGAUACCACCCAUCAUUCCAUUAUGCACCAUGAUGGAAUCAAUCUUUGAUGCCCUGGGCCAGUCUCCUGUAGCAGCCAGUCUUGCGUCGAAAUGGAUUCGGAUCUAUUUGCUGGGUGUGCCAGCCAUGCUCAUCUUUCGAUGCCUGCAAAGCUUCUUGAAUGCUCAGCAUCAAGUCAUGCCGUUGGUAGUCGGGAGCACGGUGGCAUGCUUUGUGAUUCACCCAGCUUUUCUCAAGUUACUUCUGCCCACAAUGGGGUUUGAGGGGUCAGCCCUAGCCAUUUCCUUGACGCAAUAUGCCAUGGCAAUGAUUGUAUUAGUCUAUCUGCUUGCCAAACCAGUCCACAAGUCAGAAACAUGGCCCGGACUAUCCUGGGAGUACAUUCAGGAAGCUAUUCGACUGGAGCCAGUAUUGCAAUUUCUGUCCCUUAGUCUCGGUGGGGUCUUGUCUCUAUCGGAAUGGUGGUUUUGGGCAACCGUUUGCUUCAUUGUGGGUUCCUUUGGAAUAGUCCCACUUUGUGUUCACACUAUCGCCUACAACCUUGUACCUUUACUGUUCAUGAUUCCGCUGGGAAUCAGCAUUGGGCUGACAGUGAGGAUGGGAAAUGCCAUUUCUACCAAUGUCAAAAAAGCCAAAAUCAUGGCUGCGUGGUGCAUGGCCUUCACCGUGGUGGUGGGGGCAGUGGUUGCCAUCCUAUUGUUCCAUUUCCGCGUUGCCAUUGCCCGUCUAUUCUCGGAUGACCCAGAGGUGAUUCAAGGAUGCCAAGACAUUUGGCCAAAGCUUUGCUACUACGUGUUCAUGCUUUACAUAUUUGGCAUCAACUCGGCAAUCCACCGUGCUCUAGGUUUGCAGUGGCGAAUGGCAGCCAUUAUUUUUGUCUGUCUUUGGCUGUUCACACUUCCAACCAUCGUAGUGGUGGCAAUCUGGAAUAGAGGGGGCUUGGAUGCUGUCUGGAGCAUUCUGCCUUGUUUCUAUACGUUGAUGCAGAUUCUGUUGGCACUCAGUUACCUCACAUUGGAUUGGGAUCAAAUUGCCAAGCAAAUUCGGGAAAAGGAAGUUGAAAAUAUGCUUCUCGAGGGGCAUGCACAAACAAAGGCAAAGAAGGAUCAACUUCCAAAUGAGGACACACCAUUGCUCUACUCCUCGUGCUAA